AUGUUCGACCAAAACAGUCUGCCCGAAAUAUCUAUCACCGAAACUAAGCCCACACUCUUGGCUUUAAUCAAGGGUCGCCGCUUCACCGGUCUUCUGGACUCUGGUGCUGACGUCUCGGUGAUACGCUCUGAUGAGUGGCCUACAGACUCGGAAACAGAGACCUCCCCAUCGGUAAGAGGUGUAGGAGGGAUUCAAACGGCUCGCAUCAUUCCGAAGUGCGGGGAAAACUCCGCCUUCCUUAGUUCAGACCCUCCGAGUCCUCCUGGGGGGCCGGGAGCCUCCGCGUCCUUCUCGCCUCUCUUUGCGGGCGCUUGUGGGGCGGCAUCCAUGGCUUUGGCUGGGCUCCCCCUGGUGCUUCUGGUGGGGGCGCUGGGCCGGAUCCCCGGAAGUGAAGGGGGGAAGGAGACCCCCGCCCAUUUCCUGCUCCAGUGGAAGCAUGGGUGCCUCUUCCUCAACGGGACGCAGCAGGUGCGGUACCUGAAUCGGUACUUUUACGACCGGCAGGAGUUUGUCCGCUUUGACAGUGACCUCGGGAAACACGUGGCCAUCACGGCAUUGGGGGAGGUGAUUGCGGAGACAAUGAACAGCGACAAGCAGUGGAUGCAGGUCCAGAAGGCCGAAGUGGAUCGUUUCUGCCGACACAAUUACGAUGUCGGCAGCUACGAGGUGGACAAGAGGGAGGAGCGAAUGAUCGGCCGGAGAG